AUGAACCCACCCCCUGGCUAUCCUGGAGGACCCUUCCCUGGCAUGCCUCCGCACAUGGGCAUGCCGCCCAUGGGCUAUCCGGGCGCACCGAUGGGCUACCCGAUGGGCAUGCCCCCGCCGGGCUAUCCCUACGGUGUACCGAUGGCUCGUCCCCCAUACAUGGGUGCUCCAUCUCCCUACCCGAUGGGUGUGCCUUCUGGGAUGCCGCCCGUCAUGCCUGGCAUGCCCCCAGUACACGUGGCUCCACCGCCAGUAGGCGCGCCUUACGUACCGCCUGCUGGUGCGCUGCCCAUCCGCAUCGGCGCGCCGAUCUCAGCCCCGCCUCGCCUCAUCGGCGUCGAAACGACCGUCUACGUGGGCCGCAUCCCCGCCAGCGCCACCGAUGAUUUCAUCGAGCGCCUGCUGCAGCAAUGCGGUAAGGUGGCGAACUGGAAGCGCAUGAUGGAUCCCAUCAGCAACACCCCACGCCCCUUUGGUUUCGCGCGCUUCGAGAACGAGGAGGGCGCGCUGCGAGCCCUGCGCCUGCUCAGCAAUCUCGAAAUCGAUGGAAACCAAUUGCUGCUGAACGUGGACGAUAGGACCAGGGAAGCGCUCGACCGCUACCAGAAGAGCAAGGCCGCCAUCGCCAAUAUCAAGGAACAGCAGCGGCAGCAGCGACAGCAGCAGCAGCAAGAGCAGCAAGAGCAGCAGCAAAAGGAACAGCAGCAGAAAGAACAGCAAGAACAACAGCAGCAACAGAGCGCCGACGGUGAUGCCUCUGCACCCGCUAGUGACAAGCCGGCCGACGAACCUGCUGCUGCUGUCGCCGAGAAGCCGAGCGAAGAGCCUGCCGCCGAGAAGGAGGAAGAAGACGUGCCGGACGAGGUCAUCGCGGCGAAGAUCAAGGCACUCCUGUCCGACAAGAAGGCGGGCGAUUUCCUCAAGGGCAUGGAGACGGGCUCGGCAGAAGAUGGCGACAACCCGGAAGCGACGAAGCGGGAGGAGGAGCGGCAAGCCAGCAGCAACUGGGACAAAGAGUUGGAGCGAGAGCGAAGGGAGCGGGAGAAGGACAGGGCCAGGGAGCGUGAGAAGCGACGAGGCGAGAGGGAGCGAGAGGCGAGGAAGAGAGAAAGGGACGAGCGGGAGUACCGCGAGAUGGAGAAGGACUGGGAAACGCGCGAGCGGGAGAAGGAGAGGCUACGCGAGCGGAGGGAGCGCGAGGAGAAGAAGGAGCGCGAGUGGCAGAUCGAGAAGGAGCUCAACUACGAUGAAGAGGAGGACAGGAAGCGAAGGAAAGCGGGCAAGAGGAGGAAGGAGAGGGAGAGGGAGGAGCAGGACGACGAAGAGGACAGGCGGAGGGAGGUCGAGGAGGAGCGGGCGCGGAUCGAAGAGGAGCGAAGGAGGCAGGAGGAGGAACUGCGGCGGCGGCAGGAGGAGGAAGCCGAGGCCUAUCGGAGCUCUGUCGCAAGCGAGGCCGAAGAACAGCGGGCGGGUGUCAAGAGAACCUACGACGCAUCGUUGGCCGACGACACGGAAAACGGACUUACGCCCAUCUCGCCCGACUCUUCCGACCAAAGGGUCAAGAUGGGGCUGCGCAUUGCGGCGCCCACCCUCCUCAAGAAGCCCACGAAGCUCGGCGUGACUCCCGGCUUCAAUCCCGACGAGGAGCAGAACCCGCUCACGAACCCCAAGAGGAAGAAGCUCGUUCCGCUCGAGCCCAUGAGGACCGAGGAGCAGAUCAAAAAGGAGCGCGAGGAAGAAGCCAAGCAGAUCGUAGCCAUGAUUCCCGCCAGCAAGGCCGACCUCUUCAACUUCCAGCUCAGCUGGGACAUAGUCGAUGAGGCCGAAAUCGUUCAGAAGAGGAUGAAGCCAUGGGUCACCAAGAAGAUCGUCGAGUACCUGGGCGAAGAGGAGGCCACUCUGAUCGAGUUCGUCCUGGCCAAGAUGUCCAACCACAUGGCCCCGCAGGAGAUUUUGGAUCAGCUCGCCUUCGUGCUCGAAGACGAAGCCGAAGUCUUCGUGAUCAAGCUCUGGCGGAUGCUCAUCUUCGAGAUGAUCCGAGCACAGAAGGCCAAGGAGCGAGGAGUGAACAUCGCCGUCUAG